AAUGUAAAUAAUCUCAUCUAUACUCACCUGCAGACUCGGUUGAAAAUCAAAAUCCCAGUUCGGAGUGACUUCGGCUACCAAUCAGGUGGAUUUGCAGUAAAAGUAAAGUCGAUCGUAAGUAGUACCCGUGAGAAAUUAUCUAAACUAGGAAAGCAAAAUUUAGUAAUUAUACUUGAGUAGCAGUUCCACGGAAAAGUCGCUGGCAAAAGUAGGGUGGUUGAACCAUACUUCAACACCCAAAUAUAAGGAAUCGAGGAGCAUUGGUACAGUGGGAGAAACCAGUUUAUUUUUCAGCAUUGCUGAAAACUAAUCAGCUGCUUCGGGAAAACUUGGUUUCCCUAUCGGGAACAAACUGAAAAAUAAACUGAAAUAAAUAGUGUUCAGUGAGUUUGUAGUGCCUGCAACAUGCAAUCCGGUUCCGAAUCCGUGAAGGACAAAACGGUCCUAAAUCUCACGGAAACGCCAUGCGAAAUAUGUGGCCCGUCAACGCAUGAUGAGGAAAUGGUAGGGUGUGACGGUUGUUCGGGAUGGUUCCAUUCCCGUUGCGUAGGCAUCGCCGAGGGAAAUUUUCCGAAAAAGUGGUUUUGCCCAAGCGACGCCUGUCAGGAGAUGGCCAAGGAGUCUCAGAAGAAGAAGACCGUCAAGAAGCAUCAGACCCGUAGCCAGAGAGAAGCCGAUGAAUCCGACAAAUCCAGCAAGAAUGCCUAUUUAGCUGUCUCUAGUGUGGAAGCAAAGGUGCGUGCACUAGAGGAGCGACAGAAGCAGCAGAUGGAGGAGCUGGAGGUUGAAAUGCAGCUGCGGAAGAAGAAGAAGGAGAUGCAGCGUGCUCUGGAGAGGAAGAAGGCGGAGAUGGAGCUGCAAAUGCAUGCCGAAGAAGAAGAAGAGCAGAGGGCCUGGCAAGCUGAGAUGCUUCAGAAGAAGAAGGAGCAGAUGGAUCGGAUGAAAGCAAGUCAGAAGUCAUUCGAGAGGCAAAUGGCGGCCAUGGACAAGGAGAUGGCAGAUCUUUCGGCUUCCAAGGUGCCCAAGACGUCGUCGAAAUAUGUUGGUGACGAUCUACGAGCGGGAACUUCCAGCAAAAUUCAACAAAAUGUGUUGAAGCUGACCCAGAAGAACGUCAAGAUGCUGGCAGAAGACGACGAGGACACCGAAGAGGAAGACGAGGAUACCGAUGAGGAAGAAGAAGCGGAAUCAUCGAGCCGUAGCUCCGAGUCAUCUCUGGAGAAGGGAGCCAAACGGCGCGAUUCGCGGAAGAAGCGGGUGGAGAAAGGAAGCCAUGUUGGGCUAGGACAACAGCAGACCGGACCGACAAAGGCGCAGCUGGCCGCGAGAAAGGGGCUAACAUACAAGCUCCCAAAGUUCUCGGGAAAACCAGCGCAGUGGCCAUUGUUCUACGCGGCCUACAAAGCGUCCAACGAUGCCUGUGGCUAUAUGAACCACGAAAACCUGAUGAGGCUGCAGGAAGCGCUCGAAGGUGACGCACUCGAGCUGGUGUCAGGCCAGCUACUACUGCCGGAGUCGAUACCGAGGGUCCUGGAAAAGCUGCGUCGGCAUUAUGGUCGCCCGGAGCAACUGCUCGAGAGUUUGCUGGACAAGGUGAACAGGUUGGACCCCCCUAAGCCGGACAACCUCCGGAGCUUUGUUCCUUUUGGGAAUACGGUGGAGCAGCUGUGCGGCCAUCUUGAGGCAGCCGAUCUGCGGCAGCACCUCGUGAAUCCGCUGCUGAUCAAAUCGCUGGUUGCUAAGCUGCCGGAUCGGGAAAAGCGCGAGUGGGUCCACUAUCGGAGGGGCCGAGGAGAGACGACGCUGACGGAUAUCCUGAUGGACAUUGUUGCGGAUGCCUGUGAAGCUAACAUAGACGUAGAGUUCAAGCGCAUACUCCAAAGCAAGCCGGGAAAAAUGGGUCCAAGGAAAGGAGAGGACUCUAUCUCCACAUUGCAGCCAGCAGUUCCAAUGUUAUCGCAAACGAGAGACUGCUGA